AUGUCCUCCGCGAUCAUCGGCCCGAAGGGAAACAACGCCCGCGCGAUCCGGGAGGAAUCCGCCUGCAAGGUGGUGAUUGAUUCGAACGUCACCUCAGGGCAUCAGCAGGUGAAGCUGAUUGGAGAGCCCCGAGGUUUGCAUUUGGCCUUGCAGAUGGUGAACCGCCACAUUCAAGAUCAGUUCGGCACCCCCGGCUACACCGACUGGUCCACCAUCAAGAGCUUUGACCGCUCAGGAAAUCCCAUCCACUGCUCUCCAGGCGAGUUGAACUUCGGCCGGGCCGAUGUGCGCCAUGACGCCCGCGGCUACGACGCCCACGAGGAACGGGAGCGGGAGCGGACGCCGAGGGGACCGGCAGCACCAGCACCAGGUCCCCGCGGGCGUGUGGCCAUCCCUCCCCCUUCUUCGCUGAGCCUCGGUAGCCGUGUGGCCACCAUGGAAUUGGGUGCACAGACUUGGGCGUCCGCGAGGAAGCGCGUGAAGCAACGCGCGCGACAUCAAAAGCGGGACCCCACAGUAAAGAAAGCAACAGCACCAGGUGCCUUAGAGGCGGAGUAUACCAUCACCUGCGAGUUGCCCAGUGACAAGGUGGGCCUGUUGAUCGGGAAGCGAGACUUGGAGAAACGUGAUUGCACCGGGGCAGGCAAAGCGACGGGCACCUACGUGCACUUCGACCCGGUACAAGAUGGAGCUGAUGGGCAGACGUUAACCAUUCGAGGGCCCAUGUUGAAGGUCUAUCGCGCUCACGCGCUGCUGAUGCGAAGAUAUCAUGAGACCACGGCGGAUGUGGUCCAGGACUCCCGGAGUUGGGAGUUGGAGCGAGAAGCCGGAACCCGCAUGGCGCUGAGAGAAGAAGAUGGACGUCUAAUGCGAAUCGAGUUCAGGAUUCUUCAUCCUGGUCUUCAUGGGUUUGUUUUGGAAUCUUCCUUUCAGUGGAAGGUGAAAAUGCCCAAGAUCGCCACACACUCCACACCCCAGCCCCACACCCCUACGACCAUGCCAGGUGGAGCCUUUUGCUUGGUUUCCCAGCUCUUCGCUACAUAUAUCACGAGCAACUUCUCCAAUGAGACGUUUGUUUUCAAUGACACACCCUCCCUGAUUGAAGGACACGAGCCCCGCUGUGGUCCCAGACCGGAAGGAGGAGCAACGUGUGCAGGAGCGGCGUGCUUUCUCGUAGAGCGAAGCGUGGUUCCGAGAAAGAUGGAGAAAGCACCCAGAAAGUUGAAAGGCUCUGGGACGUACCUGCAACCAUCCUCACAUGCCCCAACAUGA